AUGAAUACAAGCAAUAGGACGCAGCCGCCAGUAAAUGAAUGGGAGGAACGGACGAUUGACAAUGAGGAAUCAGAGAAAUCACUUCUGAGCGUUUACAUUCGCUGGCUAGUUGGUGGUCUCAUUGCCUGGCAUCAUCUCUAUUUGGGACGCGAGUGUCAUGCUGCAGCCUUGCUGUUUAUACUCUUGCAUCAGGCCAUACCAUGUGGAUAUAUUUUUCUUGCUUUGCUAACGGAUCUGCUACUCUUGCCGGAGUACGUGACGGCUGUCAAUGAUGCUGCUCGCCGCCAUUACGGUCCGGUGCAUCGGGCUAAUCAAGAGGCUACCCCCUCGCCGCCUUACAGUUUGCGUCGCUUUUUGGGGCAAAUUCUAAUGGGCUUUCUGUUUGGAUCGAUGUUCGACUGGGCCGCCACGCACUAUCUACAGAGUAGAGCCCACUGGCUGAGCUGGCUUGUGCCGUGUGCCGUGUCCCUGGCCAUUUGGUUGGUGGGCAACAUUGGACGCCAGAAGGGCUGUAUAUUGCAUUGCCUUUUCGGCGCAUAUUGUGCCUAUUUUUUGGUAUAUUUCAUGCUGAACGUGUUCUAUGCCUUGAUUGUGAUCGCUACAAUAUCGGCCAUGGCUUUUAAUUGGUUUUCGAUGAAAUGGCGCCGUCGUCCGGUACGCCAUCAAACGCUGAGCAAACACUUCCGAUUCCUACUUAUACUCGUCCUUGGCUUAUGUGUGGCUGCUUCGUGGGUCACACUGGAUAAUAUGUCUGCUUCCCCUCGUCCCCCCAGUGUCUUAAGCCAUUUGAAGAGCAAUCUCAAGACCAGACUCCACAAGAUCUUUGGGGUGUUCAGCCAGCACGGAUUCUUCGGCACAGAAGAGCAAAAAGCCAGGGCAAAGCUGAGAAAAUAUUAUCAAGCGCUCGGCCUAACGGAUGUCGCCACAAGGGCGGAAAUUACAGCCGCCUUUCGUCAAUUGGCCAAAAAAUAUCAUCCCGACAGGCAACAGCUGACUGACAAGGCGAAGGCCCACGAAAAUUGGCUUCCCAUCCGAGAGGCCUACGAGAUACUGCGCAACACCCUUUCGGCGCCCUCCGAAGAUAAUCCAGGCUAUGAUUAA